AUCUCGACCAACACGAGCAGCAAUGUCCCCCGCAGGCCCCGCAGCGAGAAGCGGCCCAUCCCCGACGACCAGAAGGACGAGAAAUACUUCGAGCGCCGCAAGAGGAACAACCAGGCCGCCAAGAAGUCGCGCGACGCCCGCAAGGUCCGCGAGGACCAGAUAGCUCUGAGGGCGGCGAUGCUGGAACACGAGAACGCGGUGCUGCGUGCGCAGUUGGUGACCCUGCGGGAAGAGGCGCACAGUUUGCGACACUUGUUGCUGCAGCAGCGAGCACUCCCGGAAUCCUGA